GUUCACCGGUUUUCGUGAUUGCAGGAUGGGUCGGGGAAAGUGUUCGACCGGCCGAAAGAGUCAAGCGUGAUGAGUCCUCUCUUCCGUUCGCUUUAUGACUCACGAACUCCUCUUUUUCUUAUAAACCACUUGGCCUAAUAGUCUCACCGCUCUACUCCACACCCUCUCCACUCUCUCAUCAUGCGUCUGCCAUUGGAGCUUGUCCGUAUCAUCCUCGCCUAUGUUGAGAGCGACUCCACGCGGGCUGAAUUGCUCCGCUUUCGCCUUGUAAGCUCCACUUUCGAUCAGGAGAUGCUCUCAUUUCUCUUCUCAAACACCAAACCCGUCAACGAACCGCGCCUCAUCAACGGAACUUUCUGGGCGACUACCUCAAGCAACCUCCAACAGAAACACCUUCGCUUCAUCUUGAAGUGGAAUCGCGUCGAGCCAAAUCUUUUCGCCCAUCUGUUCCUGCCCGUCCUCGAGCGCCGCUUUGCCGAGCUAGGUAUUAAGGACCAUGAGGAAAUCAAGAAAGAAGAAUGCUUGACCGAGCUGCUUCGCAUUCCCAUGCAUGAUAUGAGUAAUGCCUGGGUUGUCGCUCAUAAGAGGGAGAAGUUCGACUCAUCCAUGGCGCGCAUCUUCGGAGACGAAGGCAAUGAGUCACUAAAGGAAGACGACGAAGACGAACCGAGGUCCGCCAUCUUGUCUCGAAAACAACAAAUCGAAGAUGACUACCACUUCGCUCAGACUUGUUGCGCCAUACUUAAUAAUGACGACGAUCAUCUUCUUCGCACGCUCAAAAACGGCACCAUCGAGAUUAGUCGACCCAAUCUAUGCUUUGGAACGACUCUACUAAAGGUCGCCCUCAAGCACAGCAAAAUAAGGACCCUACGUCUUGUCCUCGAGCUCGGCCAGCUUGCUGGAGAUGAGAAAGUCUACGAGUUACUCCGCAUGGCCAUGCUAAGAGACCAAGAUAACAAGGAGGCAAUCAGUCUUCUCAUAUAUGUUCUCAUAGCUUCUAAGGACAACUGGGACCUGGCGCCCAAAGACUCCAUCCACUUCAUCUUCUCGAAGGCAAUCCUGGAAGACCAUCUUCCAAUCUUCGACUGCGUACUUGAGUGGGUGCACAGCAACUGGCACUCCGAGAGCGUUAAGUGGGUUCUAUAUCAGGGAAGUCUUGAAGCUCUCUACGCAGGCAAUCUCGUCAUCCUUGAUCGCCUAUGCACCGAGCUUACAGGGCUUUAUGAAUCGCGCCGGAUUCAACACGUGCUUCAUGCGGCAUUGAGGUUGGAACAGUGCGACGUCACCAUCUUGACGUUGCUAAUGAAAUAUGGCGCCAGCAUCGACGAAAAUCACCCCGAAAGCAAGAAACGGCCGCCCUCACCGCUUCGUCCCACCGCAGAACCAGGCCAGGAAGGCCAGGUCGAGGCGUUAUUGCGGGCGGGUGCAAACCCGAGGAAUCGCAUUCGAGAAACUUGGGCUGGCCGUGGAUGUGGUGCCUUGAUGCGGGCAAUUAACCGGGUUUUUCGAUAACUUGGAGAACUUCAGGCCAUGACUCUUUAUAAGUGCUUAAGUACUCUGGGGUUCGAGGAAGGACAUUGCAGUGAC